ACCAAAACCUUUUUCGAGCCCACCACGUGAGAGCUGUCAUUUGAAGACGUCGUCACGUCGACUCAGCGGGAAUAUUGAAAAUUUGGAUAGCCUCUUCACGAUUGCCGAAGGCUCUUUGUUGCUGGUCACCAUGCCCACCCUGCAGGACUGUGUCCAGCUGAACUGUGGCGUCCAGAUGCCCCUCCUGGGCUUGGGGACGUACAAGCUCCACGGAGACGAGCUGCGCCGGUCAGUGGACGCGGCGCUGGCCGCAGGGUACCGCGCCUUCGACACGGCCGCCGUCUACGGCAACGAGGCAGACCUGGGCCGAGCGCUGAGAGAGCUCCUGCCGCAGCACGGUCUCACGAGGGCCGACGUGUUCGUCACCAGCAAACUGGACCCGGCGGACCACGGCCCCCGUGCGCUCCACGGCUGCCAGCGGAGCGUGGACCGGCUGGACUGCGGCUCCGUUGACCUCUUCCUCCUGCACUGGCCCGGCACCGAGGGCUUGGACGCAGGAGACGCGCAGAACGCCGCCGACCGCGCGCAAAGCUGGACCGUCCUGGAGGACCUCCACCGCAGUGGAACAUUCCGGGCGAUCGGCGUGUCCAACUACACCACCGCGCACCUCCGCCAGCUCCUGGGCAGCUGCCGUGUGCCGCCUGCCGUGCUGCAGGUGGAGCUCCACCCGGCGCUGUGCCAGCCAGAGCUCCUGAGGGCGUGUGGCGAGGCGGGCGUGCGCGUCCAGGCCUACUCGUCCCUGGGGAAGGGCGCUCUGCUGCAGGAGCCUGAGGUGCGGGCGGUGGCGAGCUCGUGCGGACGCACACCUGCCCAGGUGCUGCUCAGGUGGGCGAUGCAGCAGGGCGUGGCUGUGUUGCCACGGUCGCGGGAGCCUCAGCGGGUGCAGGAGAAUGCGUGCGUGUUCGACUUUGAGCUGAGCCUACAGGACAUGCAGCGGCUCAGCCGCCUGGACAGCGGCAGGAGGUUCUGCAAGAGAGACCCGUCUUGUGUGGCCUAGAACCUCAUGGUACCCCCUCAUGUCAUAACAGGUACAAAUCCAGCCAGGUACCUGCUUUGGAACCUCAUGGUACCCCCUCAUGUCAGAACAGGUACCUGCUUUGGAAUGGAUGCGAUCAUGAGACCAAAUCAGCUGUUCUCUCAUUUCUAAUUGCUUCUGUCCAUCAUUGUACUGCUGUCAGUCAAUAGCAUUGGACAUGAUCUGGGUCAUAUGGACGUUAGCAUUUCUAUGGCUCUGGACAUGAUCUGGUUCAUCUAGACUUAAACAUUUCCAUGGUAACCAAGUACUUCGGAGCUUCCUGUUCAAAUUCCUGUUCUGAAUAAGUUCCACGUUUACCAGAAAGUUCCAGUUUCUAGGUUGGAUUUAUAGGUGUGUAUAAGUGAAACCUGGUAAGGAAGCACAAAACAACUUCUGCAGUC